GAGAGGUGACCCGGGCACCUUGCUAGGGCAACGGCCCCUGCCCCACGGGCCGGGAUCAUGAAAGGCCUCGGUGACAGCCGCCCCCGCCACCUCUCCGACAGUCUGGACCCGCCACACGAGCCCCUAUUUGCAGGGCCUGACCGGAACCCCUACCUGCUGUCGCCCACAGAGGCCUUUGCCCGGGAGGCCCGCUUCCCUGGACAGAACACCCUGCCGGGGGAUGGGCUCUUCCCUCUGAACAACCAGCUACCACCGCCCAGCAGCACCUUCCCCCGCAUCCACUACAACUCCCACUUCGAGGUGCCAGAGGAGAGCCCCUUCCCCAGCCAUGCCCAGGCCACCAAGAUCAACCGACUGCCUGCCAACCUCCUGGACCAGUUUGAGAAGCAGCUGCCCAUCCACCGUGAUGGCUUCAGCACCCUCCAGUUCCCCCGAGGCGAGGCCAAGCGUGGUGAGAGCCCCGGGCGCAUCCGCCACCUGGUCCACUCUGUCCAGCGGCUUUUCUUUACUAAAGCACCCUCAUUGGAGGGCACAGCAGGCAAGGUCGGUGGCAAUGGCAGCAAGAAGAGUGGGAUGGAGGACAGCAAGGGCCGGAGGGCCAAAAGCAAGGAGCGGGCCAAGGCUGGGGAACCCAAACGGCGCAGCCGCUCCAACAUCUCAGGCUGGUGGAGUUCCGAUGACAACUUGGACGGCGAGGGUGGUGCCUUCCGCAGCAGUGGCCCAACCUCCGGGCUGAUGACCCUUGGCCGCCAGGCAGAACGCAGCCAGCCUCGCUACUUCAUGCAUGCAUACAACACCAUCAGUGGGCACAUGCUCAAGGCCACCAAAAACACCACCACUGAGCUGACUGCCCCACCACCCCCGCCUGCGCCUCCCGCUACCUGCCCCAGCCUUGGGGUGGGCACCGAUACCAACUAUGUCAAACGGGGCUCCUGGUCCACUCUGACACUCAGCCACGCUCAUGAGGUCUGCCAGAAGACCUCGGCCACCUUGGAUAAGAGUCUGCUAAAGUCCAAGUCCUGCCACCAGGGUCUGGCCUAUCACUACCUGCAGGUGCCCGGCGGCGGUGGAGAGUGGAGCACCGCGCUGCUGUCCCCCCGCGAGGCGGACGCCGCGGCCGAGGGCCCCAUCCCAUGCCGGCGCAUGCGCAGCGGCAGCUAUAUUAAGGCCAUGGGGGAUGAGGACAGCGACGAGUCCGGUGGCAGCCCCAAGCCUUCACCCAAGACCGCAGCACGGCGCCAGAGCUACCUGAGGGCCACGCAGCAGUCGCUGGGAGAGCAGAGCAACCCCCGCAGGAGUCUGGAUCGCCUGGAUUCAGUGGACAUGCUGCUACCUUCCAAGUGCCCAAGCUGGGAAGAGGACUACAAUCCCAUCAGCGACAGCCUCAACGACUCCAGCUGCAUUAGCCAGGUACGGGAGGCAGAUCUGAGCGACCAGUACGAGGCGGCCUGCGAGUCAGCCUGCAGCGAAGCGGAGUCUGCGGCGGCGGAGGCGCUGGACUUACCGCUGCCCAGCUACUUCCGCUCCCGCAGCCACAGCUACCUGCGUGCAAUCCAGGCAGGCUGCUCGCAGGAGGAGGACAGUGUCUCCCUGCAGUCCCUCUCCCCACCGCCCAGCACAGGCAGUCUCAACAACAGUCGGACGCUUCCAAGUUCAUCAUGCCUAGUGGCAUAUAAGAAGACCCCGCCACCGGUCCCUCCACGCACCACAUCAAAACCAUUCAUCUCAGUCACAGUCCAAAGCAGUACCGAGUCUGCCCAGGACACCUACCUGGAUAGCCAAGAUCACAAGAGUGAGGUGACGAGCCAGUCGGGCCUGAGCAACUCAUCGGACAGCCUGGACAGCAGUACCCGACCGCCCAGUGUGACACGGGGUGGAAUCACCCCAGCCCCAGAAGCCCCGGAGCCCCCUCCAAAACAUGCAGCUCUGAAGAGUGAACAAGGGACACUGACCAGCUCUGAGUCCCACUCCGAGGCCAUCCCCAAAAGGAAACUGUCAUCAAUAGGAAUACAGGUUGACUGCAUUCAGCCAGUGCCAAAAGAGGAGCCCAGUCCCGCUACCAAAUUCCAGUCCAUCGGGGUUCAGGUAGAGGACGACUGGCGAAGCACUGCCCCUUCUCACAGUAUGUCCUCCCGACGGGACACUGACUCCGACACCCAGGAUGCCAACGACUCAAGCUGUAAGUCAUCUGAGAGGAGCCUCCCGGACUGUACCCCACACCCCAACUCCAUCAGCAUCGAUGCUGGCCCCCGGCAGGCCCCCAAGAUUGCCCAGAUCAAGCGCAACCUCUCCUAUGGAGACAACAGCGACCCUGCCCUGGAGGCAUCCUCGCUGCCCCCACCGGACCCCUGGCUCGAGAGCUCCUCCAGCUCCCCUGCAGAGCCAGCACAGCCAGGGGCCUGCCGCCGAGAUGGCUACUGGUUCCUGAAGCUGCUUCAAGCAGAAACAGAGCGGCUGGAAGGCUGGUGCUGCCAAAUGGACAAGGAGACCAAAGAGAACAAUCUCUCUGAAGAAGUGUUAGGGAAAGUCCUCAGUGCCGUGGGCAGUGCACAGCUCCUGAUGUCCCAGAAAUUCCAGCAGUUCCGGGGCCUCUGUGAGCAGAACUUGAACCCUGAUGCCAACCCACGUCCAACAGCCCAGGACCUGGCAGGGUUCUGGGACCUGCUACAGCUGUCCAUCGAGGACAUCAGCAUGAAGUUUGACGAACUCUACCACCUCAAGGCCAACAGCUGGCAGCUGGUGGAGACCCCCGAGAAGAGGAAGGAAGAGAAGAAACCACCCCCUCCAGUCCCAAAGAAGCCAGCCAAAUCCAAGCCGGCAGUGAGCCGCGACAAGGCCUCAGAGGCGGGGGACAAGCAGCGUCAGGAGGCCCGCAAGAGACUCCUGGCAGCCAAGCGGGCAGCGUCUGUGCGACAGAACUCCGCCACAGAGAGCGCGGAUAGCAUCGAGAUUUAUGUCCCCGAGGCCCAGACCAGGCUCUGAGACCAUGAAGGAGGAAGCGAGCAAUUUUAAAUCAUUAAAAAAAAAAACACAGAAAAAAAAAAAACUGAAUGCAAAUGGAACAAAAUUUUCUCAACCUUUAGUAUGGUUAUUCUCUCUAGAGACCCUGAGCCAACUUUCAAAUUGACGCAUACAAGGGCUCACAAUUUGGCUUUUUUGGGUCCCUCCAGCUUUAGGUUAUGAAGACUUCACACACAAAGUCAACAAAACCCACAAAACUCCAAAAAACUUUUUUUCCCUCUUGCUGGCUGUGGCGGACCAGACAACUGGACUUCGGCAGCUCCCCGACCCAGCCUCCAGACACAGUCUUUUUACUUGUUCUGUCUGAUGAGAACUUCAACUAGCUUGUUUACAAGACGACGACAGUCCAAGGACAGCCUUGGGCCCCUGCCAUGUUCCUCCUCCUUCCCAGCUACCCUGCUCUGACCUUGGCGUUUUCAUUCUCACUUUUUUCUUUUUCCCUUCAGAGCUCACACAGGGGUCACAUCAUGGCCAGUGGAUUUCUGGUUCUCAGCCUUUGAGGCUGAGGGCCCAGAGGACAGAGAGAUGGACACACACAUCCCUCCCUCCCCGCCAAGUGCUCACACAGCCUCACCCACGUGCGCAUCCGAGGUGCCUCCCUCCGCUGCCAUCCAUCGCCUGUGCAGCGGCAGGCUGACUCACCUCUGAGCAGAUGAGGAAGGUGCUGGUCUUUGGGGAAAUGAGGGAAAGCCAUGGUUACCACGCUCCAGACUCCAAUCUUUUUAUUCUCUCCAGCCCCUUCUUCCUUCAGCAAAAGAAAAUUUAGGACUCAGAGUGGCUCCUGGGGGGUUGUCUGUCCUUGGCCUCGCCUGUGUCCAGUCCCUGGGGGCAGGUGGCGGUGUCUGUACGUAUGUGUACAUAUGCACAUAGAUCUUAGAGUGUAUAUUUAACAAACGCCCAGCUGCUCACCCAUGCCCACCAGCGCCGCCGCCACGGCUCUCAGGCACCUGGCAGGAGGCGGAGUUGUGAAUAGCAUAUAUUUUUACAUGUACUAUAUCUAGGUGUGUGUACAAGUGUGUGUAAAAAUAUAUACCUUGUGUGUAAGCAGCCUCCCCCCUUUUUUUUUCUUUUUGGUUCCCACCCCCUCCCUGGGCCCAUCAGCCCAGCCUCUGAGUUUUCUGUUCUGUUGUAUUUUUUAUCCCAGUCAUCCUCCUCUCUCCACCGCCCCCCUCAUCCCCGUUCCCAGGGUGUCCCGAGCCCUGAGCUGCAAAGGCAGGGCCUAUAAGGCCAGGUGGGGAAGGUGAGGCUGGGGCAGGCCACCGGGCAGGGGCCAUGCCCAGCAGAGUUCAGCACACCAGGGGCUGCUCUGUACUGUGUGGAUGACUCCAGGGCACUGGGGACAGCUCAUCUGGCGCAUGCUGCAGGGGUUCCCCCAGGUGAACCGAGGGCCUGCUCUGGGGCCCCAUUCCAGCUUGGCUGUCUGUGACCUUGGGCAAGUCACUUGACCUCUGUGUGCCUCAACUUCCUCCUCUGUAAAACGGGGUCAGUCCCUGCCCCUCCCUACCUCACAGGCAUGUUGUGAGAAUAAAUGAGGUAACGUGUAC